CUGCAUACGAUGUAUACACGUAAUAAUUGAAACGUUUAUUCGUAAAUAUUAUGGAAAUUGCAGUAAAUAUUUAUCCUCGCGCUGAAAGAUGGAGCAACAACAUGAUCAAAGGAACGUAGAAGUUCGCGGAAAUCUUUCCGGUUUUGUUGCACAACGUUCGAUUGCACGUGGUUAGUUGAAACGUCAGUCAUCGUUUUUUGCGGCCUCGACUACUACAUGUAUUUAGCCACAUACUUUUUCGAGUUUGAGGAUAAAUAACUAUGAGUACUGUUAAAAAAUGUCCGGGGAAGGAAGGUUUCGAAAGGAUUAAUUAUCUUUAUCAGAUUUCCAAUUUAAUGGCAACGAAAAAUCAGUCUUGCCAUGUCGCCGCCUCUCUAUAUUCAAAUCUACUCGUCAACGUUUCGAGGAAGACAGUCCAACGAUUGGACAUCCAGACGAAAAGGACCCUUUGUAAAUCCUGCAGAUGUCUCCUGCUCGCAGGAAUAACGUGUAAAGUUCGCGUUAAAAAACAAAAGGUAACUUGGACUUGCCUGCAUUGCAAGAAAGCCAAGGUGUUUGAAACGCGAGAUAGGAAUUACGAAUGUUGGACGGAGAAGCCCGAGAGCUUAGUGGAAACAUUGGAUUAUUCGCUUGGUAAAGACAGUGAAACAAACAAGAAAAAUUAGCAUUCUGUAUUAUACAAGUACAAAAUGCAAUUAGUAAAUACGUGGGAAUGUAUAAAAAGAAUUAUUCAAAUAAAUAUUUGUCGAUUAGCUAAAGUAUCCGUAAAAGGACUUACAAUCUCUUUGGUUGCGAAAUAAAAGACGAGACCGAAUGUAAUCGAUAUAGGUAGAGCUGGUAGAGCUUUCUUGAAAAUCGCCAAAAGUAACAGCGUCAAACACAAACCCUAAAAACAAUUAAGAUAAGUCAACAAAAAAAAAAUAAACACCACUACUCACUAUUAAAAUGGCUACGAAACAAGCCAAAGUAGUAUUCCAAUCGCCAUACGAGGACGCUUUACCAACUAAAACACUGUAAAAUAUAAAAUCUCCUAAACCUAAUUUCACACCACCUAAAAAUUAUAGAAAAAAAUUAAUCAAACCCGUCCAUUUUCAUUUUUAUACAACAUACGUUCUUCCUCGUCUUGUUGAUGCACUUGCGUACGAUGUUGCCCGUUGGGAUCGCUUCGAACUUCCAAUUGCCUUUGGGCCACCCUGGUCGCGUGAUUAUCCACCCAUUCUCUCGUAAACCCAUGGUCUUCACUGUUGCUUCGAGACACGUUCACGUUCGGAACCUCCUCACCCGUGGCCAUGCUCGUAUAAGCAUACAUGUAAGUAGCUAAAAUUAUUUCAAUUAAACAACAUUUAUAAUUUUCCGCAGAUUACUCACAGGAGUAAAUCAAGGCUGGGAAUAUUUGCUCGUUUCUUUCUUGGGCGGUUUCUACUAGGAUUCUCAACGGUCCCUUCGGCAUUAAUACUGCUAUUAGAUCUGAAAUUAGUCGUAUAGUAUAAGAGUAGAUAUUUUGUUUAAUUCGUAUUUGCUUACCCCAAAUGGAAAUGACAGCCAAUACGGCCCAAGUCGUCCAUUCGGGUAAAUAUUUUAUGAAAACUAAGGCCAUCAGAGCGGCAACGAAUAUCAAAUAAGCCUGUUGUAAUAUUAAAGGCCCCUGCCAAUGGAUAACCAUCAUUCCCAUUACGCCGAAAUUCCACAUUAUCACCAACAACGUCGGAUAAUCCAUCGGAAUGUUGUAAGCUCUUAGAAUUUCUCUGAAAAUACCACAAAUCGAUGCAACGAAACAUUCCAAUUUUACUCGAUUUACUCACUCCAAAUACAAGUAGGAAAAUAUAGAAAGUAACAUGAGCGACGAGACUAUUAACCAGGCGUGUAUCGUCUUGUAGCACCUGUAUUUGUACAAAACAAUCAAUAGUACAGUCAUCAGGACGAUAACGGCCAUUAAAAUCAAAGCAUUAGCAGCGGCAUUCCAGGCUUUCGUACUCGAAUCGGAACUCUCCUCGUGGAACGGUGUAUAAACC